AUGCUCUCAUCUCCUUACUCUCCGUCUUUUCUAUCCUCCCAUUUUAUUACUCUCCCUCUUUGCGAUCCUAUUAUCAUCUUACUUUCCCUCUUUUCUAUCGUUACACCUUCUUUUUCUCCUCCCUCUUUCUCCUCCCAUCUUCUUACUCUUCCUUUUCUCUAUCCUCCUAUCUUCUUACUCUUCCUCCUCUCUAUCCUCCCAUAUUCUUACUGUUCCUCUUCUUUAUCCUCCCAUCGUCUUACUCUCCAUCUUCUCUAUCCUCCCAUCUCCUUACUCUCCCUCUUCUCUAUACUCCCAUUUUUUAUUCGCCCUCUUCUCUAUCCUCCCACCUUCUCAUUCUCCAUCUUCUCUAUCCUCCCACCUUCUCAUUCUCCAUCUUCUCUAUCCUCCCAUCUUCUCAUUCUCUUUCUUCUCUAUCCUCCCAUUUUCUUACUCUCCCUCUUCUCUAUCCGCCCAUCUUCUUACUCUUCCCUUUCUCUAUCCUCCCAUCUUACUCUCCCUCUUCUCUAUUCUAUCAUCACCUUACUCUCCUUUUUCUCUAUCCUCCGAUCUUAUUACUCUCCCUCAAUAUUCAUCUCUCUGUUCUUCUCUCCUUAUUCAAGCUUGUGUGCGUGUGUGUGUGCGCAAUUACAUGCUUGUCUGUUUUUCAUUACAAAUAACAUCAAGUAA